GUAUUAACAUGGCCAUCCCCUCCACUCCAACCAUCAUUACCAAAUCUGGUUUGGUGGUUGUGAAGAAAAGAAGAUCAUGAUGCGAUACAAAGAGGAGAAAGAGGCGAAGAAGGAAGCGUUCAGGAAAUAUCUGGAGUCAAGCGGAGCUGUGGAUGCCCUCACCAAAGAACAUUUUGUUGCUCUCUUUUGCUGUCUUCCAGUUCUCGUUGCUUUAUAUGAGCAAAAUGACAAGCCUUCCUCUGCCCUUGAGUUCAUUCAACAAAAGUUAGGCAGUACUUCUAUCUCCGAAUAUGAAAAAUUGCAAGCUGAAUUGUCCGAUCUUCAAAUGAAAUAUAAUGAGCUUUUGGUGGCACACCAGCAGACCUGCAAAGAGUUGGAGGAAAUGAAAAAUUCACAAGCCUUGGCAGUGACAUCUGCAAGAGAAACGACUGAUAGUGAGUCCCCAAAAAAUGGGCUUUAAAGUCUAUGCUAUAGGUGCAAACUCGCCUUUCUCGGAGCUCCAUACUCAUAUGACUUGCGCUGCAACUUUGUCUCUUGUUUCAAUCAUGUAUGAAAUUAGGAAUUACUAGAGGACUUUCUAAUUUGUUUGAUUAUCAUUAUUUUACUAAUUUGAUUUCUGAUCCCAGUCAUUCAAUUUAUUUGUCAACAUUACUUUUUGGAUUCAGCAUCAGUCAGUUCUGAAGUAUUGCUGUUCUGCAUCUUCGGAAUCUAUGAAUGUAAAAGAUCAAUGCAAUCAUUCAUCCCAUUGGUGAGGAUGGAAAUGAUAUAUAAUUCACAUAUGUAUUGUUUUGGUGGUUGUCAUUUGUCAACGACGGUAAAUUUCAAACAUUUUGUGGAUUGAUGCUAUCUUUUAGGCAUUUAAGAAAGACAACCUGAAA